GUUGUGGCGGCUCUGGCACUGGCCACGGAGCUGAAUAAAGACUGGAUAGGGGCACACCAGGAGCUGGCCAUGUCUUGCAUGUUCCUGGCGGGUUACUGUGGUAUCAUCGUCGAGGAGUACCUGGGGCUGUCCAAGGCGGCAGUAGCGCUGCUGAUGGCGGCGGCGUUGUGGAGCAUACGGGCCACUGCGGAGGGGCUGGAGGCCCUAGACCUGGAGAUGGGCAGCGCCCUGGGGGAGGUGUCCGCGGUCAUAUUCUUCCUGUUGGGGGCCAUGACGGUGGUGGAGGUGGUGGAUGCCCAUCAGGGGUUCAAGGUGAUCACGCAAUCGGUCCGCCCCGGCAGCAAGUCCCAGCUGCUGCUCGCAGUGGCCGCCCUCACCUUCGCCAUGUCUAGCGUCCUGGAUAACCUCACCACUACGAUAGUGAUGGUGGCGCUGCUACAGAAGCUGUGUCCAGAUGCAGACACGAGGAGGUUUCUCGGCGCCGCGGUGGUGGUGGCGGCAAACGCGGGAGGAGCGUGGACACCCAUAGGCGACGUCACCACCACCAUGUUGUGGAUUCACGGCCAGAUCUCCACGAGCGCCACCAUGCGAGACCUGUUGCUGCCCUCCGCCAUGUCCUCACUAUCAGCAGCGCCAGCGCCAGCACCAGCAGUGCCGACAACGACCUCCUCGGAUGGCCUCCCAACCGCGCCUUCCAGCACCGCGGACGACGUUGCAGCGGCGGCUCCGCCCCGAAGUAACCUGGUUCUCAGUGUGGGCCUUGGCAGCCUCCUCAUGGUGCCGGUGCUGCGGGCCUGGGCGGGGCUGCCGCCACACAUGGGCAUGUUGGCGUGUUUGGGCUUCCUGUGGCUCGUGACGGACGCCAUCCACUUUGGAGAGGAGCGUAGGCACCUGACCGUGUCUCAGGCCCUCAAGCGGGUGGACAGCGAGGCGGUGUUGUUCUUCACGGGGGUGCUGCUGGCGGUGGCGGCGCUGGACAAGGCGGGGCUGUUGAAGGAGCUGGCGGAGGGGUUGGGCAGGCUGGUGCCGCAGCAGGAGGUAGUGGCGGGAAUUAUCGGUCUAGCAAGCGCGAUCGUGGACAACGUGCCGCUGGUGGCUGCGACGAUGGGCAUGUACGACAUGCAGUUGUAUCCACAGGACAGCAGCCUGUGGCAGCUUAUCGCCUACUGUGCGGGCACGGGGGGCUCCUUGCUGGUCAUUGGCAGUGCGGCGGGAGUGGCCUUCAUGGGCAUGGACCGCUCCGCGUCCUUUGGCUGGUACGCCAGGCGCAUCACGCCCUGGGCGACUGCCGGAUACUUUGCAGGACUGGCAGUCUACGUGCUGACUCAGCAACAUUAG